AUGGGUACCGAGGUAUCCCCCAAACUUUCAAUAAUGAUGGAGAAAGAGAAACAUAGCACAGGGCUGAAUCUCUCUCUUUCCACCAACCACCAGGUAAGACAUAGAAGUGGGCAAGGGACGAUGAACCUGAUGAACUGGGAGUGCACUAUCCCUGGAAAGAAGGGGACUCCGUGGGAAGGAGGCUUGUUCAAGCUACGGAUGCUUUUCAAAGAUGACUAUCCGUCCUCACCACCAAAAUGUAAAUUUGAGCCAUCACUGUUUCAUCCAAACGUGUAUCCUUCUGGCACAGUGUGCCUGUCCAUCCUGGAGGAAGACAAGGACUGGCGGCCAGCUAUCACGAUCAAACAGAUCUUAUUAGGAAUACAAGAACUUCUAAAUGAACCAAAUAUUCAAGACCCAGCUCAAGCAGAGGCCUAUACAAUUUACUGCCAAAACAGAGUGGAAUAUGAGAAAAGGGUUAGAGCACAAGCGAAGAAGUUUGCCCCCUCAUAAGCAGCGGCCCCGGGCUCCAUGACGAGGAAGGGAUUGGCUUGGCAAGAACUUGUUUACAGUCUUUUGCAGAUCUAAGUGGCUCCGUACAGUUACUAGUAGCCUGGGAGGGUUGAGCAGGCGCCAUUUUCCAUUUCCGCCACUGGCAUAUUCAGUCUUUUGUAUUUUUGAUUAUUGAGUAAAACUUGCUUUUAUUUUAAUAUUGAUGUCAGUAUUUCAACUGCUGUAAAAUGAUAAACUUUUGUACUUGGUAAGCCCCUAGGAGCUAGUUUCUUCGUGUCGUGCUCGCUCGGAUGCAGGCAUGCUUCCCGCUGUUCAGAGCUCUGGCCUCCAGCUGGCUGUAUGACAGAACCACACUGUCCCCCCUUCCUUCCCUACCCUCAUCCUUCUCAGAAACCUGGGCUGUUGCUUAUGAGCCUCAGAUCCAAAGUUGGCCAGCAUCUGCAUUCUGCACCACUUCCUUUGUGUUUAUAUGGCGUUUUGUCUGUGUUGCUGUUUAGAAUAA